AUGGCGAACACGGACGGAAAAGAAAAUAUCGCAGAGGGUCUCAUAGCGAAUCCGAAGCCCAAAGCCGGCAUCUCGUCUCCGGCCAAAUCAUCGCGAAAGGCGCGUAGCAAGAGCAUCGGUCCCGGCGGUCUUGGAGAGCUCGAAACACCAGCCCUGAAAGAAAGCAAUGGCAACCGCAGAAAGUCUGCUUUCCCGGCAGUAAAGUCGAUACUCUCGUCGAACGACGAGGACGAGAAGAAACGGCGCGAUGCCCGUCGCAAGUCGCUCGACCCUUCUGAGCCACCAUCUACGCCGCCUGAACAGGCCGAGGAGCCACAGCCCGAGCCAAGCUCCUCCCCAGCGAAUCAGCGCGAGAAGCAUCAGAAGAAGAAUCGACGCAGCUCAGGCAUCCCGCCAAUGAACUUCAACAAUCCCGACGACAUAUAUUCUUCUAGCCCGCUCAGCGCAGACAACCAGUCACCGGGAGGCGUAGACGGUAUCGACAGCGCUUCGGAGGAUGACGACGAUGUCUCAAAAGAUCUACAGGAUGCGCCAGACUCUGAGAACUCGUCGCAAAGCAGUGCAAAGCUUGAUGCUGCGCUCCGACAGGCGUCGAACCAGGCUGGAACACAAAGGCUCGACCUGGACGAGGAAGGCGACAUGACCAUGGAUAUCGCAGAGGAUGAGUUCACGGCGUCGUUCAAGCCAUGGGCAAGGAAGACUGCAAUCGCUCAGGAAAACCAGGAAAACGUCGAGCCGUCGUCACCAGCGGGCACUGUGAGCGACGAUGAUAUGAGCAUGGACAUUACACGUGCUGUGGGCAGGAUUGUACCCCAAGACAACACUCAGAGUUCAGACAUGGACGAUGAUAUGAGCAUGGAGCUCACUAUGCCUCUUGGAAGCAUCAAGACAAUGGACACAAAAUCGGCGGCAACCCGAAGGAAAAGCCUUAAGCGCCGCGUCUCAAUGCUGGACGCAUCGCAAGGUAGUCCCGCCAAGAGACCUGCCAGCCGCAGGACCAGCCUUCGACAACAGCGUCAGCUAGAAAAGGACUCCUCUGAAGAUGCAACCAUGGAUCUCACUAUGGCGAUUGGUGCAAUUAAGAGCGCAAACACCUCUGAGCCCGCCAGGCGCGUGAGCGUAGACACUGUUCUCGAUGAUGCUACAAUGGACUUCACCUUAGCCGUUGGCAGCAUUAAAGGUGGUUCGGCAGCCAUCGGCGACGUGGAAGAGUCUGAGCCCGAAGACGAGGACUUGUCCAUGGAGUUUACCAAGAUCGUCGGACCGGGCAUCAAACGCACCGGUCAACCAUCAGCAACACCCGAGAAACAUGUAGCAGCUGCGGAGUCUCUCUCUAUACGCUCGAACAAGUCCACCCCAAAGAAAACUCCGCAAAAGUCGCCAGUCCGACGCCGAAGCGUUGUAGGUUCAGAGGAAGCCCGCAACGAGACCCCAAGCCAUGCAUCACCUAGCCAGAUGCCUGCGGAAGUUCAAUACCCUGUUCUCGAUCCUGGCACCCCUGAAAUUGUCCGACAGCACAAGAUAGAGGACAUUGAGCCUUCGCCGUUUGUUCGUAAGACGCCUCAAGGGACGCCAAAAUCACAGGUAGACGUCUCCACCCCCACAAACCAGGCUCAGCAUGAAGUCCACAUGCCCAUACCUGAGGAUCCAGUCGCUGCUCCAAUUCUCAACAGACGUCGCUCAUCGCUAUCGAACGUGCAGUUCAGUCCUCUAAACGCAGCUCGCGAGGAGCCGAUCCUUAAGAGCACCACAUUGCUUACGAACAAUAUUAAGUUAUUGUCCACUCCUCGCAAACAGACCUUAAUGUCCCCAACGAAACGAGGCAUGACACCGAAGAAAUCACAGACGCCUCAGAAGUUGGCAACACCAAAGCAAAAGACGCCUACUCCCAAGAAAGCCACGCCAAGGAGGAGCAUGAGCCCUAAGAAGCGUGUUGCAUUCGGUGAGCAACAGGGUGAGGCUGAUUAUGCCGAAGAAGCUGUUGAAGACCUGUCAGAAGUCGAGCGGAUAUCGUUGCAAGACUUCCUUGACAUGACGAAGAUUCGUUUCAUGGACCUUAGUACGACCAAGCGACGGCACACUGCUGCCCCUGCUCUCUUCCAUGAUACUGAGGUAGAGGAGAAGGAGGAAACAUUGGAUCGAUAUGUCGUCGCUGGUGCCUGCACCCUCCCAGAGUACGAGCUAUACCAGCAUGCCUGCCAUGAGAUGAAGAAAUACAUUUCUGACGGACGCCACUUCGUUCGCACUAUGGAGGCCAACGUUAUGGAAGAGAACCCACUGCUGUUCAGUGAAUACCUCACUGCCCCUCCAGAUCAGCGCAUUGUCAUGGACAACCAAUUCAAGAACCUGAAGACUAAUGCAAGACUUGAAGCUCGCGGAGAAUGGUACACGUGGCGCAGUACGCUGCUACACGAUCUGAAGUCUGGUCUUCUCAGUACAUUAGACGGCUUCAGGCGUGACGAACAGAAGCUUUCAAACCAGGAGCAACUUCUCGACACGGUCCUUCCCCCCUUGGUUGAAAAGCGGGAGAUGCUGUCAACCGAAUGCAAGCAGCUUCAACAAAGGCAUGACGAGCUCAACAGCUGUGACCGCGAAGAAUUAGAGGAGACACGAGAAAGGCUCGUUGCGACAGACGCGGAGCUAGAGGACAAACGACAACUUCUUGAACAGCUCCAGCAAGAGCUUGCCGAGAAGGACGCACGUAUCCAAGCUAUCAAGGAACGCAAAGUGGAAUGUAUCGAAGAGACCAAAGCAGCCGAGCGCGUGCGUGAGGAGUGCCGUGGAUGGUCUACAAGCGAAGUCAAUGACCUAAAAGCCAAGGUAGCCGCACUCGAGCAAGCUUACGGUUGGAGCAUCACUUCGGCCUCGUCAAACGGUAUCACGAUGACACAUCUAAACGAUCUUGAGUUGUACUUCCAGCCAUCGGCUUUCAUGACAGGCGGCAACACACCCAACCAGUCUAUUUCACUUGCUUACGUUGGCGACUCGGCGACGCCCCAUCCUCGGUCGUUGACCACGAGCAAGCGCUUCUUCCUCCAGCUCAUCCGUGCGCACCUCCACUGCAUUCCCCAGUCACAGACACGCAUCUUGGACCUUUUAACAGUUGUGAAGAACGGAUGGGCUACUGCUCUCGCAGUCGUUGAUGGUGUCCGCUGGCUCGAACACAAUUACAUCACUGACGAGUUUAUACUCUCUGAUGAGCGCAUCGGCAUCUCUGCAAACAUGCUUCUGCCUACUCUUCAAACCAAAGUGAAGGUCACCUUUGAGGUUGGCGUCAGCCUGAGCUCCGAUGGUGUGCAGACGGAUGUCACCCCUAGGGCUGAGAUUGUUUAUGGAGAGAAAUAUGGCGAGGAGAAGAUGGGUGCUUUCCUCAGGGACUUCAGUGGUAACGAAGUGAGGAAGAUUGACGACAUGGCUGUUUGGGCGGAUGGUAUGCUCGAUCUGGCUGCGAGAUUGAAGAAGACAGGAAGGAAGGGAGAGCGGAAGUGA